GAGGCGCCGGCGCCCAAAAGCGAGCGGGAGCGCGACUGACGGGACCGAGGCCGUGACGGGAUUGCGACGAGACGCGGCGGCGCCGUGACGUGGUCGUGACGCGCUCGGGUCUUACGGGACAGGGACUGGCCGUGAGGUGACCGGGCCGGGCGGGCGGCGGGGCGCGGAGCGGCCUCCUGAGCGGCGUCGCCCGCCGGCGCCGCGGGGACAAGAUGGUGAAGGAGACGCAGUACUACGACAUCCUGGGGGUGAAGCCGAGCGCCCAGCCCGAGGAGAUCAAGAAGGCCUACCGGAAGCUGGCGCUCAAGUACCACCCGGACAAGAACCCGGACGAGGGCGAGAAGUUUAAGCUCAUAUCCCAGGCAUAUGAAGUGCUUUCAGAUCCAAAGAAAAGGGAGAUUUAUGACCAGGGCGGCGAGCAGGCGAUCAAGGAGGGCGGCUUGGGCAGCCCCAACUUCUCCUCCCCCAUGGACAUCUUCGACAUGUUCUUCGGUGGCGGAGGGCGGAUGGCUCGAGAGAGAAGAGGCAAGAACGUUGUACAUCAGUUGUCUGUAACUCUUGAAGAUUUAUAUAACGGAGUCACAAAGAAAUUGGCCCUGCAGAAAAAUGUAAUCUGUGAGAAAUGUGAAGGUGUCGGUGGGAAGAAGGGCUCUGUGGAGAAGUGCCCGCUAUGCAAGGGCCGCGGGAUGCAGAUCCACAUCCAGCAGAUCGGGCCGGGCAUGGUGCAGCAGAUCCAGACCGUGUGCGUGGAGUGCAAGGGCCAGGGCGAGCGCAUCAACCCCAAGGACCGCUGCGAGAGCUGUGGUGGCGCCAAGGUGAUCCGGGAGAAGAAGCUUAUCGAGGUGCACGUUGAGAAAGGUAUGAAGGACGGGCAGAAGAUAGUCUUCCACGGAGAAGGCGACCAGGAGCCCGAGCUGGAGCCCGGCGACGUCAUCAUUGUGCUGGACCAGAAGGAUCACAGUGUCUUUCAGAGGCGAGGCCAUGACUUGAUCAUGAAAUUGAAAAUUCAGCUUUCUGAAGCCCUUUGUGGCUUCAAGAAGACAAUAAAAACACUGGAUGAUCGGGUCCUUGUUAUUACAUCCAAAUCAGGUGAGGUGGUGAAGCACGGGGACCUGAAGUGUGUGCGCAACGAGGGAAUGCCCAUCUACAAGGCGCCCCUGGAGAAAGGCAUUCUGAUCAUCCAGUUCCUGGUAGUCUUUCCCGAAAAACACUGGCUUCCUCAAGACAGGCUUCCUCAGCUAGAAGCUUUGCUCCCUCCUCGGCAAAUAGUGAGGGUCACAGAUGACAUGGACCAAGCGGAGCUGCAGGAGUUUGACCCCAACGACCAGAGCUGGCGCCAGCACCGGGAGGCCUACGAGGAGGACGAGGACGGGCCCCGGGCCGGGGUGCAGUGCCAGACGGCGUGACGGCCCCGCUGCACGAGCACGCGAUGAAUGUAAAGUUGGCACAAUGAAAAUGGCAUCACUUUCCUAGCCUGUUCGGGGUGUCCUGUGUAUGUGUUCAGCAUUCUCGAUGGCUGAGUGUCUUUUGGGUUUUCUUUUGGUUGUAACCUGUUAUAGCUUAAUUUAUAUUUAAAUGUUUAAAGUGUAAACCACCUCCAGUCUGCACACGGAAUCAGUUUAUUUCCACGUUCAGGAUCCACGGCGAGGCCAGGGACCGCGCUGAGGCAGCGCACUCGUUGUGGCUGCGCCUGCCUUCGCCCUCCCACGGAAGCACAGCCCAGGCUGCAGCCCUUGGCCCCCAGCACCACUGGGCCUCCUCUGGUCUGGGUCUCUUUCCCUCCCUCCCAGGCAGGGGCACUGAGGGCUGAGCUCAGGGCUGCUAACGUGACAUUUGAGUCGCUUCCUGCUGGGCCUCAAGAGUAAAAGCACACCCGUGGAUUGGCCCUGGCCGCAGCCCCCGGCUCACGCUGCCUGGGCCACAGGGCCACCCUGGUUCCCAGUGCUCUGCACCCGAGUGCAUGGAGCGGAGUGUGAGUGUGUCUGAUCACCUGUCUUGGAGGCUUCCUGAACCUUCCAAGGCUCGUGGUGAGGACAAACCUGUGUUUGAAGUGAAACGCGGAUGAAACUGUUUGCCUGUGCCCCCUGCACCUUGUUCUUUGUGGUUUUAAUGAUUUUCCGUUGACAACUUUUGGAAUGCUUGCCCACCAAAGUGCUUACUUGUGAAGAAAAUGAAACCUUCCAUGUCCCCAGCAGCCUCAGCGCAGCCACCGAAGAAUGCAGGUGGUCUGCCCCCGGCACAGCCGCUUCCUGGACAACUGAGGGGUCUGGAGGGGCGCACGACGUGUUUUCCACCUCCUUCUCCCAGACUCAGCCCCUCCAAAGGGCCGCGCCUCUCACCACACAGCCAUAAAUAAGGGCUCCCUGCUCACGAGUUCUUUCACUCCUGGCAGGUAGGCCACAGUUUGAAUUUAGGGUUACCUCAACCUUUAGCCAUUACUUCCUCUCCUUCCCAAAACAGUCACAAGGAAAAACUACCUUCUGAGCUGCUGUGUUAAAGCAGAGGCCACUCGUCACAUCCACUCACUGGGUCACGCAGCACCUGCGAGUGUGGCGCAGACCAGGGGCCUCCCCUGGGAGCGUCGGGUAGGCUGAGCAGUUUGCUGGACAUGGGUGUGGAAGAUGCGGACAAGCCCACUGGUGCCACGCUGAUCACCGGUCAGGACAGACACAAAACCUGUUCUUCCAACAAAGCUCACGUGGAAAUCAAUUUACAAACGGACCACAACUGCAGGGUGUCCCGUUUCUGUGCUGUGGCUUCCUCAUGAAUUCUUGCUACAGAACUGUUUAGCUGAUGACGGGGCAAAGUUACACUCAGCUCCUUCCUUGUCUUGUAAAUGGCAUCUGGAGGGUGUUGCUUCACAUUUAUCCCACCUGUACAUCUGUCACUUUAAAAUUAAAGUUGAGCUGGUAUGACAGACAAA